AUGACUUCAAUUUAUAUUAAAAAACGUGCCAUGGGGCAAGUAGUUACAAUUGUUUGGGGUGCACAAGAGACCGAGGAGCAGUCGAAACAGUGGACUUCAUCCGGCGAACGGGCUCCUAAGAAGGCAAAGACUGUCCCAUCGGCCGGAAGGGGAAGGGUGAUGGCCACCGCUUUCUGGGAUUCACAAGGUGUGAUCCACAUCGACUACCUGNUUAAAAACAAAAUAUUAACAAAACUAGAAGGAUUUCAAGAACGGGAGUCAGGAUGGGCCCUUUACGAAAUAAUACAACUUAAAAUAAAUAUUAAUAAUUAUGCUCCAAUCAACGCAGGUAUUUCAACAUAUGUAGAAAUGCCUUCAUUUAUUAAAAAUUCAAAAUCAGUUAUCACUAUCCAAAAUAACGAUAAAAUCGGUUUUCUGUGGUCAGUUGUAGCUGCACAACAUCCUUUACCGUUCAAUAAAAAUCCAAAUAGAACAACAUCAUAUCCACACAUUAGUAGGAUCCUUAAGUAUGAGGGAAUUAAUUUUCCAAUUCAAUUGAAGGAUAUAAAUAAAUUUGAAAAACUUAACAAUUUAUCCAUUAAUGUUUUCACACUUGAUAAAACUAGUAUUGUACCCAUUUGUUUGAGUAAAACCGAUUUUACACCUCAUAUUAACUUAUUAAUGAUUCCGUGUGAUAAUUUAAAUUGCGAUAUUGAUGAUAAAAAUAAUUUUUCAGAUUCCUCUACUGAGUUUAAUGAAACAAAUGUUGAAUUAAACAGAACAUUUCAUUUUGCAUUAAUUAAUGACCUUUCGCGACUGUUACACAAACAAAUGAAAAACAAUAAAAUUAGAAAAUGGAUAUGUAACCGUUGUCUCAACAACUUUACAUCAAAGCAGACUUUAGAAACGCAUUUAAUUGAUUGUAAAAAUUUAAACAGGACAAAAAUCACUUUGCCAAAAGAUAACGAAAAGUUUUUAAAAUUUAAAAAUUUUAAAAAUAAGGAAUUUGUACCGUUUGUAAUUUAUGCUGAUUUGGAAAGUAUACUAGUUAAACACAAUGACUUAAAAUGUACAAGUAAAAUGCAAAAGUAUCAGAAACACGAGCCUUUCAGUAUUGCAUAUUAUCUAAAGUGUUAUUAUGAUGAUUCUCUUUCUAAAUUUAAGUUAUACACAGGGAAGGAUUGUAUUACAUGGUUCGUUAAGGAACUUGAAACUUUAGCUUUCGAAUUUAAAAAUAUUUUUUUAAACAUUAUUCCAAUUAAAAAAUUAUCAUAUGAACAAGAAAAUCAAUAUCUUACUGCUACAUAUUUGUUGUAA